AUGGCCCCUUCUGUCCUUCUAUCGAGCCCGGCUCCAACGUCUACCUCAAAGUCAUCGCCGACGGAGCAGGUGCAAUUGUCGCCUCCAUUCCCUAAUCCCUCUCUCCAGAUCACGGCAGAUCACAAUCUCAAAUAUGUCCCCGCCCCGGUGUAUGCGCCACGGCGAGGUGAGGUCCUGCUGCAAAUCAAAGCCACUGGCGUCUGUGGGUCCGAUAUUCAUUUCUGGAAAACCGGUCGCAUUGGAGAGCUAGUCUUCGAGGGAGAUUGCAUAAUUGGCCAUGAAGCAGCGGGGGUGGUGCUAAAGUGUGGAGAUGGAGUGACCCAUCUCCAGCCUGGUGACAGAGUCGCCGUCGAACCUGGGGUUCCUUGCGAACAGUGCUUCCUCUGUGAUGACGGUCGCUACAACCUUUGCGAGGACGUCCAAUUUGCGGGAGUAUAUCCUUAUGCGGGUACCAUCCAACGCUACAAGGUCCAUCCGGCUAAAUGGUUACAUAAGCUUCCGGACAAUAUAUCCUAUCUUGAAGGAGCCCUCCUCGAGCCACUUUCGGUCGUCAUGCGCGGAGUCCAGGUCGCGCGUCUUCAUUUAGGUCGUGCUGUAGUCGUAUGCGGUGCCGGGCCUAUUGGACUGAUCGCCCUCGCAGCUGCUCGUGCAUCAGGGGCCCACCCCAUUGUCAUCACAGAUAUUGAGCCAAAGCGACUCGCCUUUGCCAAGGAAUUUGCGCCUUGGUGCAACACAUACCAGGUUAAUCCAACACUAGAUGCGGAAGGCAACGCUAAGGCAAUCCGAGCAAUUUUUGGUCCGGACGAGUACAACGCCCCAGAAACUGUAUUAGAGUGUACUGGUGUUGAGAACAGUGUGUGUACCGCAGCAUUUACCGCUCGUCGGGGUGGUACAGUGGUCGUCAUUGGCGUGGGAAAGGCAGUAAUGAAUAACCUGCCAUUUAUGCAUAUCUCCCUGGCAGAAAUCGAUUUGCGGUUCAUCAACCGGUACCGCGAUACCUGGCCGCCUGCAAUAGCGUGUCUCAGUGGGGGCCUAUUGGACUUGAAGAAGUUGGUGUCGCACGUAUUUCCCCUAGAGAAGGCCGUGGAUGCCUUGAAUCUGUGUGCGGAUACCAGAAACGGGAGCAUUAAGGUGACCAUUGUGGAUGAGGUUGAAGCAACGCUGUGA